GAACGCGUGACCACGUGUCUCCUACCGGCUGCACCAUUCAUAACUUUUCACUGUGGAACCAGUCGGGCUCGGGUGUCCACGGAGCAAGAUGGCGACGCGGUGGGGAGCAGGCGAGGAGACUUUAACUGCGUGCAAUAUGGACUUUUUUUCAUUAAAUACACUAGCUGACACUACUGAGUUGACCUCUGAAGAAUCUCUGGAGGCUCUGAAUAGCUGCUUGGACUCUACCUCUAUUCUGUCUCUUUUUGAUGAGAACCCCUCAAUAGAGAGUAAAUCACUAGAUGACGAGAGCGAAGCCACACUGUUGACCGCCCUGACAGAGAUCCUGGAUAAUGUGGAUGAUGAAAACCUGUCCCCAUUUGACACACUGCCUGACUCAGACCUGCUGUCAGGUCAGAAGGGCAGGGAAGUCUCUCCGCUACGGAGACUGCUGUGCUUGUCCAGGUCACCCCAGGAGAAGGAGUCGCCAUUUUCUUCAAGACCAUUACCUGGAAAGAGUAUCUCAAGGAAACAGAAUUCUGUCCAAAGAAGUGAUGGUGAGGAAGAAGACGACGGCUCGCUCACUGCUAGCCCGCUUCGGCAGGAAUCUCCGUUAGCCCACAAUGAUCUAGAAUGGGACGAAUUGACUCUACCACUGUCCAUAAACCUCGAUCAGGAGAAUUUUGAUGGACUUUCCCUGAACCUGGGGGACAUCGUCAGACACAUGCAUCCGUACUGUAUGACCAUCUGUCUGGAGGAUGAUGAGGGGGAGCAGAUGUUGCCUGAAGGGGGCAUCUUACUGGAGGUUGUGGAUCAGGGGGAAAAUGGGGAGCCUAUUGUGGCCAUCCCAGAUUUGAACCUGCACAUUGCUCCUUCUCUUGAAGACUCAUGCUCUACGAAUGAGCAGAAAAUAUCAGAGGAAGAAGACAGUUCAGAGCAUAUAGUUGUUGACGAUGAGGAGGAUGACUUCUUGCUUGAAGUUUCAGAGAAGCGUGGAACCACAAUAGAUGAAAUGGUCAGUGAAGGGAAGAGAGAGGAGGUAAAAGGGAAGAGACACUCUCAUAGAAAAAAGAAAAAGAAGUCAAAGAAAGAGAGCAACUCUGGAAAAGUGGAGAAAAGAGUCUUGAGGAGCUCGUCUGGAAAACCUGUACAAAAAGUAUUGCCUGAGAAACUUGAAAAAACUCCAGUCUUGACAGAAGAAAAAGUUGAGACUGCAACUAUUUCCUCUUUGAAACUUGAGAAAAGUAGUGGUGCUCCAACAGGAACCCUGUCUGAAACACAAAUUAAACGUGUCUCAUCUAUGUCAAAGAGGAAGGACUCGGUUUCAUGUGCUCCAGUCCCAGAGAGAGCCUGCACUUUAGCAGCUGUAGUACCCUCUGAGAUGCAAAGAGACAAUGACCCCAGACAGCGUGAAAGUAAUGUAAUGGCUGCAGCUUCUGUUAAGUCCACAGUAGUGCAGUCAGAAUCAGCAGCUGAGCCCGUUGCCCCUGUCCCUCCCGAACCAAAGCCCAAGUCCCUCAGUUUGGCUGAGUACCGUCAGCUUAGACAGCAGAAGAAGCCCGUGCCUGUAGAGAAACAGGAAGACCACAGCACCAAAUGGCCAAAGCUACCUGAGCUCCCCCGAGAACUGCCCCCCAUUCCCUGUCUGCCUGAUCCCAGCCCCAAGGGCCCACAAGCUGCAAAAAAGGACUUGGAUGAGAUCAAACCUGCUUGGCAGCCAAGGGGACCAGGGGCACCACCCACCCCAGAGGCUCUCUUGGCACCACCAGCCUACAUGGCCUCCUCUAACAAAGUUUCGUCAACCACUGUUUCGAAACCUCAGCAGAGAAUGGACCCUGAAAUAAGGUUGACUCCUAAAUCUGCAUCAAUCCAGAACAACUCUGCUACUGAGCCUUCUUUGGAGAAAGUCCAUGCGACAUCUCAGCUAACCACUUCAACCAAAUUGUCUGACCCAACAAGCCAUGCCAGUCCCUCGCCAAAAGACCCGCCUCUGCUUGUCCCUGCGAGAGACAUUAAAGGUGCAUCGUGUUCAGAAAAUGGCGUCAAGAUUGUGCCUAGAGCCGUGCCCGUGUUUACAAAGCCUGUGGAGACGAGUCAAACCUCCACGGCGGCGUCCGCUUCGCUCACACCGCUGAAUGUGUCGGAGGUCACUGCUGCUAAAUCAACAAGUGAACUCUGUGGGUCCUCUCCUCUUAAUAAUGCCCCUGCCCAGCCCAGCACCACUUGCCCUGCCCCUAGCGUGGUCUCACCAAUUGAGAGGGCACAAUCUGCCUUGUCUGAAAAGAAGGCAAAACCCAUAUCGGUACCAGUGAAGGCACAGAACAGAAAGGACCCAACGCAGGAGCUGAUUGAGUCUUUUACCACAGAGAUUGGUAUUGAAGCUGCUGAUCUGACAAGCCUGUUGGAGCAGUUUGAGGAAACCCAAGCCAAAGAGGAGAAAUGUGUGCCGGAGGUCUCUGGUAGAGCAGCAGCUGUAGGAAACUCCAGGGAUGCUGUUGUGGUUCGAACGGCUGCUGAGCGUGUGAAAGCCAGUGAUGUUGCCAGUACUGCAGCUCUUACACCUCCAGCCACUCCUCCACACCAGAUGUGGAAACCUCUGGUCCCGGUCACCCUAUUGGGAAAAGAUCGAACAUCAGAGUCCUCAAAAUCAAAAGUCAUUCAAAUCGAAGCCCGCCCUCUACCCGGGAGCCGCUUUAAACUGAAGACUCCUGCUGCUCCAGCUGUUUCACCUGCAGUCGCCUGUCAGGACCACGACUACUGUCUUCCUGACAAAGAGCUCUCCAGUGCAUUGGAAGAAAAACGUUGGAAUGUAAAACGGCAAACCUCUAUCACCAUCAAAGCCAUUAAGGAGCCUAAUGUGGAAGCUUCACAUACACCGAGAUCCCCUCUCCAGUCUGCCGCCAAUACUAGAGCGAUGACUAAAGAGCCAUCACGGUCAGAACCCCUGGAUCACAGGACUGAUGAACCAGAGAGCUCUUCAGUUUUAGAGACACCUGAUGCAUCGCCAGUGAGGCAGGAGAACAUGGCACCUGAAUUAAAGUCCAACAGCCAGCGCAGAGGACCGUGUGGUAGAUCUUACCGCUGGCACACUGCUUCUCGCUCACCCAGCCCCAUUGAGAGGUCUGUGGGCCAUUCCAGGAAAAGGCCCCAGCACUCCUCCAGUCCUGUGGUCUCUGACUCAGACUCUGAUUCUUCUCGAUCCAGAUCUCGUUCUCCAGCUAGAAAGAGGUAUCGCUCCCACAGCUCCCGAAGCAGCUCCAGCUCUUCAUCCCGAUCCUCCUCACGGUCCUGUUCCCCUCCCAGAAGAAGAAGAUACUCAUACUCGUCCUCCCGGUCUGGCUCUUGGAGUCGUUCUAGGUCAAGGUCGAGAUCUAGGUCCCCUCAAAGACGAACACAGUGGAAUAGGGGCAGAAGAAAUUACAGCCCUUCGUAUCGCAGUGGUUAUGGUUGCAAUGUGAAACCAAAUGCAGAGGAAGUGAAGAGGCGAAAGGAGAAGGCCAUUGAAGAGCGGCGGGUUGUUUACAUCGGCGGAAUUCGAGGGACGAUGACCCAAAGGGAGCUUCGAGAUCGUUUCUCUUAUUUUGGUGAAGUCGAGGAGUGCACACUGCAUUUUAGAGAUCAAGGGGACAACUAUGGCUUUGUUACUUAUUACAAAACCAACGAUGCAUUUGACGCCAUUGAGAAUGGAAACAAGCUGCGCAAAGCCGACGAGCUGCCGUUCGAUCUCUGCUUUGGUGGAAGAAGGCAAUUCUGCAAGAGCACUUAUGCUGAUUUGGAUUCUUGUAGAGAGUAUGAUCCGUUGCCGGGGAAGGCCAAGAACAAUGCACUAGACUUUGACACUUUACUGAAACAGGCGCAGCAGAAUCUGAAGAGGUAACAGGAGGCCUGUCGGAGGAAGCAGCUGACUCUUACCUCAGAGCCCACGUCUGGCUCGUUUACAUGCAACACUUGUCACACAUGUAUUGUCUUGUUUUUGUUUACUUUUCUUUGGUGUAGUGUAUUUUGUUUCUGCAAGCUUACACCUUCUAUUGAAGUGAAUAUUUCUAAUGAAAUGGGUAAAAGUGGAAAAAAAGUGAAAUGUCACACAUAAUUUUUUAAAAGGUUUAUUUAAAUGUAAAGUCUAAUUUGAAUUGUUUUGAAAAUGAUUUUUAAAGGGGGUGAAGUGGAACUCCUCAAAUGUAUGACAUUUACAUGAAAAUAAAAUAAACAGAAGCACUCCUUGUUUCAUU